UCAUUCAAGUUUCAUUUGUUCAGUUUGUGCUGUUGAAACUUUAGUUACAUGAGAAUAUUUUAUUGGCUGAAGGCUGUAGAAAAUAAAAAAGUUAGCUAACUAACGUCAUAGUUUUGGAAGAGAUAGCUAACUGAAAUAGCCACGUCUGAAAACGACAGCUGUUUACCUCCUCAAAGUUUCUCUUCUAUCAGAUAUAAAGCUGUCGACUAUGUGUUUGAGACAGCCACCAGUUUGAAAGUCAUGAUGAACUUGCUGGCACUGCCGACGCCUUACUUGACUGGCACCAGUGACCUGUACCCUCACAGUGGCAAGCUGCCCGAAGUCACCUACAGGACACCGUGGAUCAGAGGAAAGGUGAUCUCCACCUGCAAACUCUUUGUCAGUGGUUCUGUGCUUGACGACCUGGGAGGGAAAAAACAACCCGUUAAGUCACCAGAAAGAUUUAAUCUAACUCUGAGUGAGGUGAAAGGGGAUGAGGAGGAGAUACCCAGCUCUAAUCCUGACUCGCUGAAGGAUCUAGACCAGGAUGAGUAUGACUGCAGUUUAAAAGAGUCGCAGAUCAAUGAUCCAUGUCAGGAAUCGUUUUUCAAGUGGACAACUGACCAGAUGAGACCUGGAAAUGAGAACAAGGAUCUCCUCCUGCCAGAAGAGCUCAUGGUUGUCGAUUACCUGCCACAAUUUAAGAGACAUUUACCCACGUUGAAAGCCAAACUGUCCAGGCUGAGGACGCUUCCUGUGGCUGACCCUCUGCAGAGCUCAACAGGAGACACCAUCUCUGAGGACACCAUAUUCAGGCACUGUGCGUCUUAUGAAAAAGCUCCUGAUGUGUAUACCAGUGACACCCAGACGUGCACAAACAUACAUGAGGAGUUUCUUAAAGAGUCACUCAUGAAGGACGAGUCUCUGCUGUUACCUGUUGUAGUGGACAGUUUUAUACUCACCACAGAAAACUGCACCACCUUUUCAAGCAUUCGCAGUCAUGUGAAUGUUGUUCCUGAGCUACUGGACGAGCAGCUUCCAAUCCUGGAUGUACUUCGUCAAGAUGUAUCAGCAUCAGUGGACAUUUCCCAGUAUGAUUUACCAGAGGAGCCCAGCGAAGAAUGCAAGAUGAAUGGAGGCCUCAUAGACUCAGAUUUCACAGGAUGUAUGGUGCUUCCAACUGAAAUGGAGCUGGACUUGACUCUGACCCCAACUCCAAAGACCACUCACACCCAUCUUUUUCUGUCCACCUCUGAACUUGAGAGGGAAGAGUUGUCGCCGCUCCGCAGACGAUCUCUGUUGUCAGCGAGAGUCCUAGAAGAGAUGGAGAUGGCGCUUUGGAAAGCAGAGAAGCAUCCGGCCUUCGUGGUGGGCUUUCUGUUGGCAGAGCCUCAAAGGUAUGAACCAGCUGUCAACUUCCAGCCUCUGUCUGAAGCCCUGAAAGUCAUUAAAUCAGAGAAACAAAGCCUUAUCAGUGCUGGCGGUGAACUGGAGUCACAGAUGAGUAUGGGGGCCCCAAAGGUGUGUUUGUGCAGCAACCAUGAGUUCACAGAGAGCCUGAAGUCUGAGAUUUCCCCCACCACGGUGGAAAAGUUGGAGGACUUUAAAAAACUGUCACCUGAACCUGUGCCAUUCACAGUCAGAUCCACCCUGAAGAAUCCCACAAACCAAACUCCAUUACCUCACCUGAAGAAACCUGAAACUGCUGCUUUUCAUGCUGAAGCUGCUACAGAUGUCCCCCUUCUCCAAAAAGAAAUCCUCUCUGACAUGUCUCAGAACACCUUCCUGAUGCACACUGUCAACACAAACAAUAAGGGAGUAAAACCUACAAGCUUGAUAUUUUCAAAACCUGCCACGGCCGCCAACACCAAAAAUGAAACCUCCGACGAGAGGUUCUCAGAAGUCGCAGCCACGUCUUCUGCCUGUAAGAGUGACACCAGUACAGGUGGAGACAACUGUAACAACAAGCUGACUGUGUCCUCCGGACUGAAUAUCCGAGACAAUCGCAGAGGUCUGCCGGUUACCAGACAUCCACCAGAGAAGGACCUCGACCCUCUGUCCACCUUCAUGAUACUAAGAUCCCAGCAGACGGCUCCAGACACUGCAGCGCCUCAGAGCUCAGCCAGCGCUCCAGCACCAAAGGUGAACCGGGAAACACCACGGUGUGAGCUGCAACCCCCUGCGGAGCAGAUACAGAGAUCAGACAGGAGGCCAAGAUAUAUGAGUGAUGCUGUGACAGGAAAUGCUACCAGAGAGCAGGAAGCAUCUGGUCAGUCAGAAGGUCAACUCAUCAGUCAUCCUGUCAGUCAGUUGAACCCUCUGGAGAGACAGGACAGCAGAGUAAUACAGGUCCGAGCUACAGACAGCCAGCUGCGUGCCUACUGUGAGCUGCUGGCCCUCGCUCAGCCUCUUUUGAACUCUGCCAGACAGCUGGGGCUCAACUUCCCAGUGCGGGGAGACUUCAGCUGCCUGGCCCCCGAUCAAACACACUUCUUCCUCAAACAGCAGGAGAAGGCACUCUGCAGGAUGCAUGCACAGAGCACAGAGCUGGUCAGAGAUCAGGAACUGCUUUUCAACCAGGCGGCUCUGAUUCAUGUGCUGGUGACAUUCAAGGAGCUGCUGCUGAAGUGCGACCUCUGUACUGCAUUGGAGUACCUGGCUAAGGCAGCUGAGGCGUGUGCGGAGCAGAGUCUGGAGCAGCUGGUGAAGAGGCUGCAGAUCAUCCUCUUCCUCAGUCACAAGAACCAGGAGUCUGACCUCAAACUGCAGGAGCUGCAGCAGCUGCUGGCUGCGUGGCUGCUGAGCAGGAAAGGACAGAACAACACGGAAAAAAUUCUUGUCAUUACAUCAGUUGACUCUGACGACAGCAGAUCUGUAAUCAUCAACAGCUUGAGCCAAGUGGCCGGUGCAGCUGUAACUGCAGUUUGUCCUGAGGAGAACAAGAGCAAACUUAACGGUGCCAGGGUGGUCAGCAGUGUGUGUGACAGUGUGUGCGUGGUGGUGUAUGAGCAGCAUAUAGGCCCCGACUUCCCCUGGAACAGUUUCUGUCUGGUGGUGGAGUACGACCAUCCAGGCCAGUCUCCGUGGUCCACAGUCUGCAGAGAGAGGAGCGUCAGUCACCUCGCCUACAUCACCAGCAUCUCUGACACUGAGAAGGAGAAAGUGUCUUGGUGCCUGGAAGAUAAGGUGCCUUAUGUGUUGCUUGUGACAGAGGGGCUUCUUAACUGUCCACUGCUGCUACAGACACUUGAGUCAGGGUUUAAUAUAACUGUGCUGGAGAGGAGCCACUGUCCGUCCUUGAAGAUGCUCGGAGGGACCCGUCACUACGCUGUGAUCACAGUGGAUGAAAGCACAGCUAUCGUCAUUCAGGAGCAGGAUGAACUUUGUCAGGAAGGAGCCGGUGAGGGACUGGUGAUGAGGCUGACCGCGCUCUCUCUUCAGUACAGCUGCUGUUGGCUCAUCCUGCACUGCCCGGACAUCCAGGGAGGAGGAUUUUCCAGCGAGGCCUACGCUAACUUGGUGUUGGUUUAUUCAUCCCUGGUGCUGUUCGGGAUGAAGUCCAAGGAUCUAGAUGUCAAGGUACUGAUAGUGUCAGAAAUCUUGGAAAUUGCCAAGUGGAUCAGUCAGAUCUGCUUCCACAGCCUGAUGUCCAGUGACAGGGAUCCUCACAUCUACCUGAACAGAGACUGGCUGACCGUGACGCCUUCACAGGAGGAAAAGAGUCUGUUGCAGUUCCCAUGUUUUAACCCUCUGGUUAGUCAGCUAAUGCUGAGGCGAGCGCCGUCCUUCCAGUGGCUCCUGGGGGCCUCUCUGUCUCAGCUGAAGGCGCUCCUCCCUGAGGUGCCACAUGAAGUCCUCAAGCUGUUCUGCGACACCACCUCCCUCUAUACACUGAACACAGACCCCAACCAGCCAGAGUCUCGGACGGUCGUCGCUGAGACAAAGCAACAAACCCCCCCCCAUCCACAGCCCCCCACCAACCCACAGCCAGAGCCGUUCUGGAGCCACCACAACACCGACUUCCUGUUUGGAGCUGAGGGUGCAGAGGGCAGCUUCUGCGAACAAGACCCAGACUCAACGGUGCAGGACGGAUACACAGAUUUCAGACUUGACCUGAGUUGCUCCUUUGCCAGCCCAGAUGUUUACCCGCAGAGGAGCUGGACCAGUGGGGAUCCGUUCAGAGAGGAGGAGGUGAAGUUUUCUGGGUGGAGAAGCAGAGCUGGAGCAGUAGGGAGAGUUGUUAGGAGAGUAAACAACGAGUGGACACUUAGGCCUCCACCAAACCUCAGUGGCUACACCAACGACCUAUACACCACUGAUGACAGUCCUCUCACAGUGGACCCCCCAUUCAGGUACAGCCCCGUCCAGCAGCAGCUACCUGACGUCAACAGUCAAAGGUUCACAUACUCUACAGUCUGCACUGACCUCCAGCAUAUGAACGGCCAUCACAUCCCCUGCGGUCUGAGCCCUCCGACGGGGGUCACGCUGUGGGGUCGAGGUCAACGCAGCAACGACUGCCUCUCCGACAGUGGAGGGAUGACCACAGUUUCACCUAAGUAUGGCUCCAAAUGCUGGAUAGGACGAGAGAGGAAGAGGAGUGGAGCGGCUGCAGGCUUGGUUGGAACAGUGUUGACGCCACUGAAGAUGGGGAGGCUGAGCUACGAGAGGGUUCCCGGAAGAAGCGAUGGGCAGACGAGGCUUAGAAUAUUUUAGGCAUGAAUGCUUUGCUCCUGUGGCCUGUUUAAGAAUUACAUCCUGGAAGUUUUGUUAAUUUCAAGUUAGUCAGUGCAUUGUUCAAAUUUCAUCCUCCGAGUUUUUAUUCAGAAGAAAUAAUUUAGUUUGACUUCAAAAAGGUUUCAUAGCAAGCUAAGGUUCACAUUUCUUAAGCAACAAUGCUUUCGUCCACUGUUUUUAUUUUGAAAGGAUGGACAGAACGUGCUGGAUAAAACAUAAAAUUGAAGUAAAGUGCAGU